AUGCUCAGCACCAAACUAGGGGUUUGCUGCUCCAGGGCUGCGGCCGCAUCUCAAGUGCUUUUAGCAAAGAGAUGUUCGCAUCCCAUCUGGUAUCCAGACGCAAAAUUUGAGAGACAAUUCAAGGUAAAGCUUUUCAACGCAAAUUCCACUCAGAAUUGGCUGCUGCUGUUUCAGAGCGCUGGAGGAAUGGGCAAAUUAUGGAUGAGCGAAAAAUAUGACGAGUAUGACAAGGCGAUUGGUCUAGACAAAUUAGAGAAAUUAGCUUAUGAGAUGCCGACGUAUUCCGACAUAUUUGAGGGAAAGCAUCGUGAGAAACAGCUUGAAAAUAUGAUUUUGAACUUUGGACCACAACAUCCAGCAGCUCAUGGUGUACUUCGUCUAGUACUAAAACUGGAAGGAGAGGUCAUUAUCAAAGCUACACCGCAUGUUGGCUUCUUACAUCGAGGUACAGAAAAGUUAAUCGAAUACAGAACAUACACUCAGGCGGUUCCAUUUUUCGAUCGACUUGACUAUGUUUCAAUGAUGUGCAACGAACAAGGUUUCGCGCUUGCUGUCGAAAAGCUGAUACAAAACCAUAUGAUUGCCCUCUGUUCGCAUGCCCUAGACAUUGGUGCAAUGACACCACUUUUCUGGAUGUUC